AUGGAUUUCGCACUCAGGUGUAACUCCCUGAAAUGCAGAGCGGAGCUGAAAGAGAAAGCAGUGGUGACAACUUGCUCUCACAUCUUCUGUCACGACUGCGCAGGCGUCUUGGGGCUGUCCCAUCCAACCACGAGCAGUCGACGUUGUCCUGCUUGUCAAACGGUGCUCUUCAACCCAGACGAUGCCGUCUCUACCAUCCUCAACCCAACGGAGGAUUAUAAAACGAGUGUACUGAGCGGAUUGGAUCCGAACACCAUCAUGGAAUGUGCUGGGCGUGCUUUGGGUUUCUGGGCGUAUCAAAGUACGCAGGAAAUUUUCUAUCAGGAAUACCGGGCCAAGUCGCUCACGGAAAAGUAUGCCAAUCUAAACACGCAAAUGGACAAAAUUAUACAUAACGCGAACACGGAAAUCACGGCCAUGCAGAACAGGAUCACUGAUAUGCAAUCCGCCCAAGAUGAUCUUCAAAAGAAAAACCAGGAAUUGAAUGACCUGUGUCGUGACAAGACCAACAAGCUUUCCCAGAUGAGCAAUCUCUACAACCUGCUCAAGUCUCGAGCAAUGCGAUCCCGGAUGCAGAGCGCCGCAUCAGACACAGUCUCUCAGACCCUCUUGACGUUGAAUGCCCCAACAUCGAUUCCACUGGCUACGGAUUCAUCACGAGGUCCAGCGUCAAGCUCGAAAUUUCCACGUACGCCUCCCUUCCCCAUCAACAAAGAUGGGGUUGAGCAGCUCCAUCGGCACCAAAGAAGUGGUACUGGUAGCUCUAAAGGAACAAGGCCGAAGACAUCCCGUGAAAACACAAUGUUGCCACCUACCAGACACCCCAAUUGGGAUAUUCGCAGAGCCGGUUUACCCAACCCUCCUCCACAGCAUCGUACUCGCCUUCCCCAAAUCCCCCAAGGCCCAACAACCCCAUCCGAGUUCCCCCCUGGAGAUGCUCUCAUGCAGCGGUUUGGAAGUUGA